CCUCCACGUGGACAAAAUGAAGAUCGUGUAUGCCAUGUUCUCCACCUUGGUGAUCAUUUUGCAUUCUAUUGAAAUGAGUUCGCAGUCCGGCCUACGAGAUCUUAUGCUGAGUAGUAAGGUUGGUGACUCUUCUGGAAGGUACAUUGAAGAUUCUGCAUUCAACCCUCUUCAAACUUUGCGACACUUAACUAUAAAGGACUAUUUCGAGUUUCCUCUUGGUUGCAAUCUACACUACGCGAUCGAGACCACAAACCACACAAGCAAUGGAAGUAUCAUAGCCGAAAGUUUGGAACUUAUACCAUUCAAUGUCCGAUACAAGGUACAAAAGAACAAGUCGGGCUGGAUCUUUGGAUUUAUUAAGGACACUUAUCUUGAAAGAAUGUAUUUAGAUGGGAAACUUGCGACAAUCAGUGCAAAUCCUCCGCACCCUACGAGGAUCCUUUCUGAAUCCGAAAAUCUCUUUUUAUCUGAACAUCCAUUAGGAUACCAAACGCUGUAACCUGCUGCACACCUAUCCAUAUAGUUCAGUCAUCUCGUUUAAUUCCUCGAAAUUGAUGAUGAUCUUGCGAAAUCUCUUGAAGUCUCCAUAAUCAUUUGGAAUAAUAAUUAUCAUUAUUUUUAUCUAAUUUUAUCUAAUCGAAAAAUGUUUGGCUUGGUAAAUAAAUUUUCUGCUAGUGCAGAUGAAAGUUUAUGAACUGUUUAAAUUUCUGUUAAACAAAGGAUUAAAAGUCAAAAUAGAGCGUAUCCAAUAACAGUCUAAUGUGAAAAGAUGUUCAAUAUAUUAUAUUAUUUGAAAAGUUA